GCAUGCAUUUCUAUCUGUCAAACAGAUAAAAACAUUUGCGUUGUCGCGGCUCGUUCGGCUUAUUUUCUUAGAGAUUUUUAAGAAUUUCCCUCUUAAAUCAUAGUUUUUGCUACUAAAACUAGUCGAUUAUGACGAAGAAAAAGCCAUUGGGAGCUGGCCUGAGCCGCGACGAGCGAAUGCUGAUCGUGGUCGGUGAGAUCAUCCAGGAGCUGCUGAAGGCGCACCGCGAAGGCAAGGAUGUGAACCUAAAUCGGCUGAAAACGCGCCUCGCGUCCAACUAUGGCCUGGACAGCGCUCCCCGGCUGGUGGACAUUAUUGCUGCGGUGCCGCAGGAGGCUAAGCCCAUCCUGCUACCGAAGUUGAAGGCGAAACCGAUUCGGACCGCCAGUGGGAUCGCCGUCGUAGCGGUCAUGUGCAAACCACACCGCUGUCCCCACAUCAACAUGACGGGAAACAUUUGCGUGUACUGUCCUGGCGGUCCGGACAGUGACUUCGAGUACUCCACGCAAAGCUACACCGGCUACGAACCAACAUCGAUGCGUGCUAUACGAGCACGUUACAAUCCCUUCUUGCAGACACGGCACCGCGUAGAACAGCUAAAACAGUUGGGGCACUCGGUGGACAAAGUGGAAUUUAUUGUGAUGGGCGGUACGUUUAUGUGCCUGCCGGAGGAAUAUAGGGAUUACUUUAUUCGAAAUCUACACGAUGCCCUUUCCGGACAUACGAGUUCGAGCGUGGAGGAAGCGGUGCGUUAUUCGGAGAAAUCUCACACCAAAUGUAUAGGGAUUACGAUCGAAACUCGUCCGGAUUACUGCUUGAAGAGGCAUCUGUCGGACCUGUUGUCGUACGGUUGCACCCGGCUGGAGAUUGGAGUGCAGUCGGUUUAUGAGGAUGUGGCGAGGGAUACAAAUCGCGGUCAUACGGUGAAGGCUACUUGCGAGAGUUUUCAGAUGUCCAAGGAUGCUGGAUUUAAGGUGGUGUCGCACAUGAUGCCCGAUUUGCCGAAUGUGGAUAUCGAGCGGGACAUCGAGCAGUUUAUUGAGUUUUUCGAGAAUCCGGAUUUCCGAGCGGAUGGGUUGAAGAUUUAUCCCACGCUUGUGAUUCGUGGCACGGGAUUGUACGAACUGUGGAAGACCGGUCGUUACAAGAGCUAUCCGCCGUCGACUCUGGUGGAUUUGGUCGCGAAGAUUCUGGCGCUGGUUCCGCCAUGGACGCGAGUUUACCGGGUGCAGCGUGACAUUCCGAUGCCGCUGGUCAGCUCUGGGGUGGAGCAUGGAAAUCUUCGUGAACUGGCACUGGCUCGGAUGAAAGAUCUGGGAACGGACUGUCGGGAUGUUCGGACACGCGAGGUCGGAAUCCAGGAAAUUCACAACAAAGUUCGUCCGUACGAGAUUGAAUUGAUCCGACGGGAUUACGUAGCUAACGGUGGUUGGGAAACUUUCUUAUCUUACGAAGAUCCCAAGCAAGACAUCCUGGUGGGGUUGCUGAGAUUGCGAAAGUGUUCGCCGGAUACGUUCCGACCGGAGCUGGUGGACAAUUGUUCGAUAGUGAGGGAACUGCACGUUUACGGGUCGGUUGUGCCGGUGAACGCGAGAGAUCCCACCAAGUUCCAGCACCAGGGAUUCGGAAUGCUGCUGAUGGAAGAGGCGGAGCGAAUUUCUCGGGAGGAGCAUGGCAGCCGGAAGCUAGCCGUGAUUUCCGGUGUUGGAACGAGGAAUUAUUAUCGCAAAAUGGGCUACGAGUUGGAUGGGCCCUACAUGUCCAAAUUGCUGGUCUAAGGUAAGUGUCAGAGUCCAUUGAGUUCAAUAAAUAGGGCAAUAUAACCGGA